UGUAAAGUGAAUGACACCUCCUCAGAGGGCUAUGGAGAGUGGGCCACAGGGCACAGUGCUGGCACCGUGUCCAGUGUGUCGUCUGUUGUUCUGACUGCUCAUCAGGUCCUUGCCUUCCACCUCUACAGUAUUUCUCUGCUCCAUUUACAUCACUCCAAGUCCCCUUGCCACCACCCUCAGGCAGCCCUCCAUCAUUGCUCCUCACUGCAGCCAGAGGCUGCCAUGGGCACCGUGGGAAGCCAGCGCCUCAAGGAGCCCAGCAUGGCGGGGACACCCGACAGGAGUGUGGUGAUGAGCUUCAGCUUCGACAGUGGUCAGCUGGAGGACGAGGCAGCAGGGGCUGCUCAUGGCCAGGGCUGUAGGACCAGGAGCAUCCCGGUUUUCACAGAUACUGCGGCUGAGGAGCCGGUGCCCGACGACCGCUACCAUGCCAUCUACUUUGCAAUGCUACUGGCAGGCGUUGGGUUCCUGCUGCCCUACAACAGCUUCAUCACCGAUGUGGACUACCUGCACCACAAGUACCCAGGGACCUCGAUAGUGUUCGACAUGAGCCUCACCUACAUCUUGGUGGCGCUGGCAGCCGUGCUCCUGAACAACGCGCUGGUGGAGAGACUGAGCCUGCACACCAGGAUCACGGCAGGCUACCUCUUAGCCUUGGGCCCGCUCCUCUUCAUCAGUGUCUGUGACGUGUGGCUGCAACUCUUCUCUCGAGACCAGGCUUAUGCCAUCAACCUGGCUGCUGUGGGCACCGUGGCCUUUGGCUGCACAGUGCAGCAAUCCAGCUUCUAUGGGUACACGGGGAUGCUGCCCAAGAGGUACACUCAGGGGGUGAUGACUGGAGAGAGCACGGCGGGCGUGAUGAUCUCGCUGAGCCGCAUCCUCACCAAGCUGCUGCUGCCUGACGAGCGGGCCAGCACGCUCAUCUUCUUCCUGGUGUCCGUGGGCCUGGAGCUGCUGUGCUUCCUGCUGCACCUGGUAGUGCGGCGCAGCCGCUUUGUUCGCUACCACACGGCGAGGCCCCGAGACCGCCAGGGCCGCAGGGCCGGGUACCGCGUGCACCACGACGUCGCGGCCGGGGACGUGCACUUCGAGCACCAGGGCUCCGGCCUGGCCAACGGCGGGUCCCCGAAGGACAGCCCAGCCCACGAGGCGACAAGCAGCUGCGGCCGGGCCUACACGCGCUUCGACGUGCCUACGCCGAGAGUCAAACGGAGCUGGCCCUCCUUUAGAGCCCUGCUGCUGCACCGCUACGUGGUGGCGCGCGCCAUCUGGGCCGACAUGCUGUCCAUCGCGGUGACCUACUUCAUCACGCUGUGCCUGUUCCCCGGGCUCGAGUCCGAGAUCCGCCACUGCAUCCUGGGCGAGUGGCUGCCCAUCCUCAUCAUGGCGGUGUUCAACCUCUCGGACUUCGUGGGCAAGAUCCUGGCAGCCCUGCCCGUGGACUGGCGGGGCACCCACCUGCUGGCCUGCUCCUGCCUGCGUGUGGUCUUCAUCCCCCUCUUCAUCCUCUGCGUCUACCCCAGUGGCACGCCUACCCUCCGCCACCCGGCCUGGCCCUGUGUCUUCUCUCUGCUCAUGGGCAUCAGCAAUGGCUACUUCGGCAGUGUGCCCAUGAUCCUGGCGGCGGGCAAAGUAAGCCCCAAGCAGCGGGAGCUGGCAGGGAACACCAUGACUGUGUCCUACAUGACGGGGCUGACGCUGGGCUCUGCUGUGGCCUAUUUCACCUACAGCCUCACCCGGGAGGCCCACCACAGCUGCUUCCACACCUCCGCCAAUGCGUCCUUCCCCAGCAGGCUCUGAGCCAGGCGUGGCCCUGGCCCUGCCCAGGAAGGGCCCCGGGGCCCCAAUGAGGGGCCCAGAGGCCUGAGGCCCCUUCCUGCCCCUGACUGCAGUGCCUGUAGGGGCCCCGGCCUCCGCCCAGUGCCAAUGAUGCCACCCUCUCUGGACCCAGCCACCUGUCACUCAAGUCCCAGGGCUCUGCUAAGUUCUUGGAAGCCCGGACCUGUCGCCACCACCAGGGUUCCGCCAGCACUGUGCUCUGCGUCUCGUCUCACCCCUGCCCUCCACCCUCCAUCCAUGUCCGGUGGCCCCAGCCCUAGCCAGGCCAGAGCUCUUUGGGGGUCACUCACAGCCCUUCCCACCUAGCAGAGCAGACCACCAGCCAGAGUAUCCCCCCGGCGGCCCCCACCCCCAGGUCUGUUUGAGGGCCACAUGGCACCAAACACAUGGCUCCUGUCAGGGCUCAACCUCACCCAGCCUCUCCUUCACCGGGGACUCCUCCUCAUGAGCCUAAGAGUCCUCCACUCUCCCCCACUCCCAGUUCUUAAAACUUCUGCUCCUCCAUCUGCCCCUGAUUCGGCAGGAGGGCAGCCGCUCCCCACACCCUAGCUGAAGUCAGCACUUGACCUCAGCCUUGGUCUCUGACCAACAAGACCCAAGGACAGACAUGAGUCCUCACCAAAUAGGAGGUGGGGGUUUCCCUCCCCGACUGGACCCUCCAGAGCUUCAGGCUGGCUUGGCAGAGUCAGGAGCAGCCUGCCAAGGGGCUUCUCUGGAGGACACGGCCUGCACACCACACCACCACGGCACAGCUGUGACUGCGCGCCCUUUGUGUCCCGUCCACUGUUGUCCACUAACUGUACCGCACUGGCCAUUAAAAAGAUGAAGGCAGAGAAACUGCACCACUGGCCUCCAUGGUGUCUG